AGAAUCUACAUAAUAAAAUAAUGUUGCUACUCUAGUAUUUAUUACGUACAUACGACAUACAUACCUGGCACCUGAAGUCAAUACCAUGGAAUAAGAUACUCUAUAUAUACUAUCCUAUCGAAUGCACAAGAAAUACAUGCAUGUAACAGGAAAACAAAGGUAAAUUCACUAUGACCAGUAGUCUUGCUAUACUAUUUACGCUGGAAAACAAGUCCAUAAAUUUGUGCUCCAAUUAACACAAAUAUUUCUAAAAUACAAAAUAACCAUGAUUUCAAUAAGGGGAGUCUUAGCGUUUCUGACCACCAUCCUUCUGUUCCCCUUUACAUACUCCCUGUUACUUAUCGGAUUCAUACUCAACGAGCCGAUGAGAUUGAUCGUGCGAAUAAUUCUGUACUUUCGACAACGUUUCCCUCAUGGAAAAUGGGAGAGACGCCUUUUACGCUGUCCAUAUUGAAGGGCAGACACGCACUUGUUUCAUAAUUUUUAAGCUGCAACAGGGAAUUUUGACCCCUGAAAAUUUUGCGCAACGCUACGAAGAGAAAAUCCACCCUUAUCUGGACAAGAAAACUGGCAAAAGAAUAUACUCCAAACUUGAAACUAUCAUCACAUCCGCGUACGGAUAUUCUUGUUGGCGUCGUGAUCCAAAUAUCAAUGUUCGAAAUCAAAUAGACCAGUUGGACACUGACACGAUUUACUCGAAGAAUAUGUUGGAAGACGUACUUUAUACGAAUUAUACGGCACCAUUGGACGAAUCAAAACCACAAUGGAGGCUGGUAAUCGUCCCUAAAUUUGAUGAUGGGAGUGGAACCAUAAAGUCCAUCCUGUUUGUUGCUUAUCAUCAUUGCUACUUCGACGGGCUGUGUGCCGCAAUGCUUAUGAACGUCUUCUCCCGAAAUGCUGAAUUAAUAAUGGACCCAGUCAACGUCAAAGUACCGCUGAUGAUCAAUAUCCUCGGACAUUUGAAAACCAUUCUCUACCUCCCCGUUUUAAGUCUUGGGGGCCUAUCCAAACGAUUUGGACUGACACAAAUGUGGAUUCCGAAUCCUGUGAAAAUCUUGCCCAGAAGAAAGUUUUAUGCAUUUGGGAAAAACCCAGUGAGUCUGGGUGACGUAAAGAAAAUCAAAGGAUGGGCAUCCUCCGUAGAAAAUGGAGCAUCUGUUUCGAUAUCUAACGUACUAAACACCGCGAUAUGGAGGGCAUUAAAAACUACAUUUCCACCAGAACGGUUGGUUAAAGAGUUAACUUUCAUGGAAGCAACUGCCCUUCUACCUUAUCCUGACGAGAGUUUGACAAAUCGUGCCACUUUCUUUGAAUAUUCACUGCCGUCCAAGCAUAAAGAUGGCGAAAUGGAACACACGGAAAGGACCCAGUUAUUGUUACAAGAUCUAAAGAAACUCAACCGAAAUGCAAAGAAAGCAAUGACUGGCGGAGAUAUCCUACGAUUUUAUUAUGUUAUGAGCUUCAUAGGAAAGUUACCACGCAUCUUUGCAUCAUCGUAUUUGAAGAGUGAUUCUGCUUCCAUCAUUGUUUCCCCCCUGCCCAUUUCGAAACACAAGAGUUCAAUACCGUUCUCGAGUGGUGACAUUCCUAUUGAAUCAAUUGAAGGGUGUGCUCCGCACGUGAGUAAUAAUGGUCUUAUCCUUUUUUGUCUUACAUACGGGGAUGAGAUAAGGAUCAAUGGAACUGGGGAUUCUAGUUGGAUGUCGAAACAUGAGUUGGACAUGUUUGUACAGCAGAUUUCUAGAGAAAUGUCAAAAAUGGUAGAAAUUGUGGAUUCAAGUCAUAAACGGCGUUGAUUUAAGUUGUCAAAUUUUAAGUCCGGGAUAAUUGGACUAUUUGUAUUAACGUACGUAUUAUUUUCAAAAACAAAAAAUUCGCUAUAGCCUGGAACUGAAAUUUGUGUACUGAAAUAAAGCAUUUUUUUUUUUACUAA